AUGAAUAAUACACAAAGAAAUAAUAGAAAUCAAGUAUUUGAACCAGAUAAAUCAACGUCUAAGAGUGAUGCAACGAGUUCAGAUAAAAGUGAUGAAAUUAGCCGACUAUUAGAGCUUAAUGCGCUUGAUAUUAAUAAUACAAAUUCUGAUAAUUAUGAAAUGGUAAUCUCUGAUGAUGAUGAGAGUAAAGAAAGUAGGGAGCAAUCAAUACCUAACGUGUUUGAAACUGAUAGCACAGAAUCUUCUGAUAAUAAUUCAAAAGAAAACAGAACUGAAAAUAUCGAGAAUCAGGAAAUUUUAGAGAAUGACAUCGAUGAGGAAAGAAAAUUAAAUGACAUAUCAAGUAUACAGAUUCCUCAAAAAACAGAUUUUAAUAUAAAAGAUCAAAAAAUUGAAAAUAACAAUUUAAAAAUAAACCUCAAAAGCUUUCCUGAUGAUAACUUGAAAGGAUAUGAGGCUAAAGACAAAUUUUAUUGGCAGCGAGAUUUUCAAACAAAAGUGUUUGAGAAUAACAGCACAGGCUCUGCUGAUAGUAACUCGAAAGAAUUAGAAAAUCAUUUUAGAGAUAAGAAAAUUUAUAAUAACGCAGUGAAUUAUUUGAAUAAUAAUGAAAUCGUGCAACCAUCAAAGCUUAACAUGUUUGAGACUACCGCUCCUAAUGACAACUUCAACGAUACUAAAAACAAAAAUAAUUCAGGAAACCAGAAGAUUGCAGAGAAGGAUGUGGUUAACUCAAAUAAUAUUACAAAAACUCUUCCUAUUCCUAAAAGGCCAUCACCUACUGUUGAUAAAUUUCCAACUCCCGGCACUAUGGACGUAGUAAAAAAUUCAAAAUUCUAUCGAACCAAUAUACUGUAUAUAGAAAGUUCGCCAAAAAUCUCUUUUGAAAACUUUUUCGAAGAACCUUUUUUUUCAAAAAAUGAAAAGGAUCCUGUUUCAAAUCCUUUUUCAAAAACUAUCGAAAUGAAUGAACAACAAAUUAAUGAUGGUGAAAUUUCAACAGGAACUAAUGUAAAAUCUUUUAAGAAACCUAAUUUGAAUUCAAAUUUUUGGGAUUUUUUAACAAAUAAAUCUUCGAAAAAACUGGAACAAAGAAUAGGCCAAAAUCUUACUAAAAACGAAAGCUUUCUUGAUGAUAACUCAAAAAAAUAUAAAACUAAAAAUGAAAUUUAUGUAGAAAAACAACAACUUUUAGAGAAUAACACAGUUGUAUUGAUUACACGAGAAGAUGCAGUUCUGCUGAAAGAAAUUGAAAAUCAUGAAGACCAGAAAAUUUUAGAGAAUAGUGUAAUUAUUGGAAAAAAUUCAAAUAAUAAUGCGAAUGUCGCAUCCAUUAGAAAUAAUAAAAUUGGAGACGACGUAACGAAUUAUUUGAAUGAUAAUGAAACCAUACAAUCAUCAAAGCUUACCAUGUUCGAGACUACCGCUCCUAAGGACAAAUUAAAUAACACAAAAGAUGAAACUAAUUCAAGAAACCAGAAGAUUGCAGAGAAAGACGUGGUUAACUCAGAUAAUAUUACAAAUUUUCCGAUUGUCUCAAAUUACAAUUUGAAGAUAAAUCAACAAACUCCUCCUCCUAUUCCUAAAAGGCCAUUGUCUACUGUUGGUAAAAUUCCAAUUCCUGGCACUACGGACGUAGUAAAAAUUCAAAGUUCUAUCAAACCAAUAGAUUUUGAAAAUUCUAAUUCAGAUUUGAAUUUAACGAUCUCGCCAAAAAAAUCUUUUGAACACUUAUUUAAAACACCGUUUUAUCCGAACAAUGAAAAUGAUCCGGUUUCAAAACAUUUUCCAGAAACUAUCAAAACGAAUAAGCAAAUUAAUGUUAAUGAAUCGCAUUCAUUGCAAGAAAAAACGGCUGAGAAUUCAAAUUCAGAUUCGAAUUUUGAUCUCAAAGGCUUCAUAUCCUUACCAGAUAGAAGGUUCGCCAAAAGAUCCUUUUGA